AUGGAUGCAGUUGCAGAAAACCACCAGCCAGAUGAUGAUGUUGUUACUGAGAAUGGCGGGUCUGGCUCUGACUCCGAGUCCAGCCCAGAUCUAUUCCCUCAUGAACCCGAGGUCGAACCUGACCAUGAGGCUACCAAAUCCCAGGAUCUCGUUCUUCUCAAAGCAGUAAGAGAAGGGGAUAAAGAGGGACUUCUGAUUGCAUUGAGAAAUGGUGUCAGAUUGACAGCCAGCCAGAGAUGACGAUGGCUGUAAUCCACUACACUUAGCCAUUCUCCAUGACCACGAACCCAUGGUCCAACUCUUACUUGAGUUCGGAACCCACAUCGAAGGAAGAACAAAAGAUGGCACUAGACCCCUGUAUAUGGCAGCCGGAAAUGGAAACACGAGGAUGGUUGAAAUACUGCCAAAGUUUAGAGCUGACGUGGAUUCUCGAAAUGCGAUCAAAAAAACUACGGCUUUGUACGAGACAGUUUCCCGGGAGAAUUUAGAAGUUGCUGAGAUUCUGCUAGCCCAUGGUGCUGAUAUUGAUGCAAAGGGCCCGGAUGGUCAUACGCCUUUGUCAAAUGCAGUUUUGAAGGGAAAUUUGCAAUUCGUCGAGAUGCUUUUACAGCAUGGAGCUCAGAAAAAUACAGCGCUUUCCAAUGGUCGAACCAUAGAAGAUCUAGCUAUGGGCGAUAAUAUGAUGAGAGAUCUCUUGCAAGAUGACCCCGUCCUUCAAGGUCCAUCCAUAAACGGGAGGCACAAAGAUGCAGGAUAAGCAGCGGUCUUUCAGAUGGUAUCAUUUUCCGGCAAAUAAUGUAAGCCUCUAAAAAUAUCUAACUGUAGAUAUGCGUAUUGACAAUCUACUAGAUAGAAUGGGUUGAGGUAGCUCUCCUAUUUGUCUUUUGUGAACCGAUAGUUGACCCCAUCUAGUGUUUAGUUACCCACAUCUUAGCCGAACGUGGAGCUGGCUUCUCUAUUUUUGGUGAGGAGUUGAAAUCGAACCUGGGCUUGACGCAUGCUGUCGAUCGACAAUUUCGAGCAUCGACGGCGUAUUUUUCCUUUAUGAGACCGCUGUGUCAAAACGUCAAGGUAAAGCUUAUAGACUUUCCUUGAGAUUUCGGCUUGGCUCCUACACAUCUUAUACUCUUCGUUUGUGGUCGAAAUGGGUCUUCUAUCUUCUCUUGUUAUGUGAAUUUGCCAGACCAACGUUCCACGUACUUGCAUUAUGGAUUUUGACUCCACAAAUAGCCCCAUCCAAAGUCGUCUCUGAGAAACUCUGGAAUUCCUCCUAUCGUGGCUUUUGUCAGUAGCUCCUGGUAACAUGCACGAUAAGAUAGUUGACUGUUUCAAUAGAUCCCUUUCCUACACUUUGAGACCUCCACAAGCAACGAGGAAAUGUCGCGAAUUGUACAAGAAAUCAAAGAUCGAAUGCACCGUGAGCGUACUGAUGCAAAUCCAAAUUCCUGGAUUAUGCCGCGCCCACUCAAGCGCAAGGAGAAACAAAGGAAACGACAACCUUCUACGAUAGCCGAAGACCCCGAAAAUGACAGUAUGCCUGUAGAGAACGAGGAGGCGUAGAGAGGACCUCGAGGCUUUUUACAUAAGCUAAAGCUCAGAUCGGUCGUUGGAAGCCUCGGAUGCCUAUUUUUGAAAACGAGGCCAUUUGCUAGAAAUCCGGAGAAAGUCCCAGACAUGGAUAUAGAGAGAGGUUCAGGCAAAGAUGAUGUGGCCACUUCAAAUACCAAGGUAGCUCCAGGACUACCCGAACCAGGCGCUGGUUCCGCGCAACUGCCUCUAUUAGCAACCAAUAAAGAAAGCUCUCUAGUUGACCCCGGAAAAGUAGCAGUGUCUCAGCCCCCCGGAGAUCUCACAAGCAAGCCCAAACUACAGCCGGGCGUCCUGCCCACUGCAGCAAAGCUAAAAUCUGAGAGGCCUACACAAGCCAUAAAUGACCAGGGUCUCAAAGAAAUUAGUAAUGAAAUGAACUCUGUCUCGAAAGACGUAGCCAGCCAUCACAUUGAGGGCGGCGGUGGCACGCUCAUGAUACAAGAAGGGUAA